AUGGUUAUAUCAAAGUCAAAUAUGUGUGGAAAUGAAGGAUUGGAUGGAGGUCUUGGUAGCAUAACUGGCAACAUAUCCAUAUGGAUUAUUCAGAUCUUACAAAUUAUUCUAAGAAUAGCUAAACAUCUAAAGGCAGCCAAUUUACCCAAAAACAUUCAGAUUAGCAACGGGAAGAAAUUCCUGGAUGAACAAGAUCAGAAAACACCGUGGCUGAGAAAACUCCUGUCUACUGCAAAUCAUCUUCGACAAAAAGAAGAUAAAAAGAUCGACGCAGAAGAGGACAGGAGAAUCACUCAGCUGUACCAAGAUUGGGAAGACGUGAAGGAACAGGCAAUGCAACGUAAACGACAAUUAGAAGGCAUGCUCUCUGAUCGAAGAAGCUUUGAUGAACGAAGAAGAGAAGUUGAAUCCUGGUUAGGACGUGCAGAAAUUAGAUUGGAAAGAUUACCUCCUGUAGGACAAACUUUGGAUGUUUUAGAAGCACAACUUAAAGAACAAAGACUAUUGCAAGUUGAAAUUGGUCAAUGGAAGGCAGCCAUUGAUAGUGUUGCUCGAAUGGCUCAUAAAAUUGCUGCUGAUUGUCCUCAUGAUGUUUUCAAAAGAUUCACUUAUCAGAAGUUAGGACGCAUUAAUCAGAGAUAUACAGAAUUAAGUAUUAGUGUUCAAGCAAGAGGAAAAGCACUUCAUAAUGCAUUGAAUUCAUUACAACAGCUGGAUAAAGCAAUGGAUCGCUUUUUAGCUUGGCUCUCAGAAUCUGAAUCAACAUUAGAAAUGUUGGACAUUGAAGCUGAAAAGUUUGGACCCAGAGAUGAUCUUCAAAGAUUACUAGAUUUGCAAAGAGAAAUAGAAGCUCAACGAGAUUUACAUUUAACACUUAAUGAACGCAGUAGUCAAUUAUUACAAAGUUUAGAAAGUCAAGAAGAUGCCUUACUGUUACGAAGAAAACUGGAAGAAAUGAAUCACAGAUGGAAUGCACUUCGUUUGAAAACAGUUUCUCUCAGAAAUAGACUAGAAAGUAAUGCUGACCAAUGGAAUCAACUAUUGUUAUCUCUACGAGAAUUGACUGAAUGGGUCAUCAAGAAAGAAAUAGAACUUUCUGCACAACCUACAAUAGGAGGUGAUGUAAGUACUAUCAUUAAACAGCAAGAUGAACAUAGAGCAUUCUGCAGACAACUAGAUGACAAACGCCCGGUUAUCGAAAGUAGUCUUUUAGCUGGCCGACAUUAUGUUGCUAAAGAACCACCUCUCUCAGAUACAAGUGAUUCUGAAGCAAAAGAAUAUGAAGGUGACAGUCGUGGAUAUAGAAGUGCAGAGGAACAAGCACGAGAAAUUACUCGCAGUAUACGGAGAGAAGUAAAGAAACUUUCUGACAAAUGGAAUGGUCUCAUUUCUCAUUCUGAGCAAAGGCAAAAACGAUUAGAUGAUGUAUUAACUAAAAUGCAAAUGCUUCAAAGAGGAAUGGAUGAUCUUCAUGCCAGAUUGCAAGCAUCAGAACAUUCAAAAUCAAAAUGGGCUCCAGUAACUGAAUUUGUUCUUGAUCAGCUUCCUGGCCAAGUAGAAGAUCUUAAGGCUUUCAAAGAACAUUGUACUCCACUUCAGAAAUAUGUAGAUGAAGUUAAUGAAUCAGCAGCUAGAAUAACUGGUUGUAAUGUUUUACUAUCACAUGCUAAUCUAAACAGAUUAGAAGAAUUAAAUACCAGAUGGAGAAUGCUACAACUUGCAAUUGAUGAUAGAUUUAAACAGUUAGAACAUUCCUUAUUAGAUCAGGGCACUGCACAGCAGCAGUUUCUCAGUGUAUCAGUAGAACAUCCUUGGGAAAGAGCUGUCGCUGGAAAUAAAGUGCCUUAUUAUGUUAACCAUUUGACAGAAACAACACAUUGGGACCAUCCUAAAAUGAUUGAGCUAAUGGAUUCUUUAGCUGAAUUGAACGAUGUAAGAUAUUCAGCCUACAGGACAGCCAUGAAACUUCGCACUGUUCAAAAAAGACUUUGCUUGGAUUUGGCAAAUCUGAACAACAUCAUUAAUGCAUUUGAUCAACAUGGAUUAAGAGCACAGAAUGACAAAUUGAUUAGUGUUCCUGAAAUGAUUACUUGUAUUUCUACUAUAUAUGAAGGUUUAGCUUCUGACAAUUCUUCAUUGGUUAAUGUACCAUUAUGUAUUGAUUUAUGUUUAAAUUGGUUACUCAACCUUUAUGAUACAGUUACUCGGACAGGCUAUAUAAGAAUAUUAUCCUAUAAAGUUGGUCUUGUUCUUUUAUCCAAAGGCACAUUGGAAGAUAAAUUUAGAUAUUUGUUUCGACUAAUAGCAGAUGCAAAUGGUGGUGCUGAUGAAAGAAAAUUGGGAUUAUUACUUCAUGAUUGUGUCCAAAUUCCUAGACUUCUUGGUGAAAUUGCUGCAUUUGGAGGUAGUAAUAUUGAACCAAGUGUAAGGAGCUGUUUUGAAAAGGCUGGAAAUAAAAAAGAAAUCCAGGCUGCCCAUUUUUUAACUUGGUUACAGCAAGAACCUCAGUCACUUGUUUGGUUACCAGUUUUACAUCGAUUAGCUGCAGCAGAAACUGCAAAGCAUCAAGCAAAAUGCAACAUUUGUAAACAGUAUCCAAUUAUAGGAUUUAGGUAUCAAAAUAUAUUAAAUAAGUCAUUAAUAUCUAGAUACUUUCUGCUUUUCACUGGGUUACGUACACCUCCAAGAGGGCUCUUAUUAUUUGGUCCACCUGGUAAUGGAAAAACUAUGUUGACUACCUCUGGAGAAGAUGUAAGAGAUUUUACUCGUAUUGUACGCAAUAAAUUUAAAUCAAAGAGGUAUUUUAAGAAGCAUCCUAGGUUAGGAUAUCUUCCUGUUCAAACUGUAUUAGAAGGUGAUGAUUUGGAAAGCCCUGCUCCAUCACCUCAACAUACCUUAUCUUCACAAGAAAUGCAUUCCAGAUUAGAACUUUAUGCUAACAGGUUAGCAGAAGUAGAGUUAAGGACAAGAAGCAAUUCCACUCCUGAUUCGAGUGAAGAUGAACAUCAAUUAAUAGCUCAAUAUUGCCAGACACUUAGUGGUGAAUUAGCCCUUCCUGUGCCUCGAAGUCCAGCACAAAUUGUGGCAGUUAUAGAUGCUGAACAAAGAGAAGAGUUAGAAUCUAUGAUACACGAACUAGAAGAAGAAAAUCGGCAUCUUCAGGCAGAAUAUGAGCGUUUAAGAGGAACUAGACCAAAUAGAACUCUUUCACCUACUGCUACUGAAGAGGAAGAAGAUUUUGCUCUUACUCCAUGUCGAGAUGAAGAAAUGUUGGCAGAAGCCAAAUUAUUACGUCAACAUAAAGGACGCUUAGAAGCAAGAAUGCAAAUCCUUGAAGAUCAUAAUCGUCAACUAGAAGCGCAGUUACAACGUUUGAGACAAUUACUAGAUGAGGUACUUAUUCGAGAUAAGUCAAACCACUUCAAAUCAAUUCAAAAGAUUAACAAAUUGAUGAAACAUUUCUUGAUAAUACAACUGCAGAGAAGUACUCAGACAACAGAGAGGUUGAAAUCCAAGUCCAUGUAUGGGAGGAUGCCAAAGAAGAUGCCUCAACCAAGUACAGGUAGAACUCCAAUAACUCAUUCAGGUCCUCCAUAUGCACAAACACAAUCGUCAAUUUCAUGGAAUCGAAAUAUUGGGGUUGAUCAAACACCUAGGAGAAAUGGCCAUAUUCCUGAUCAUACAGGUACAGGUGCAGCUAGAGUAGGAAAUUUGUUACAUAUGGCAGGAAAUUUGGGUAAAGCCGUUGGAACUCUAGUGACUGUAAUGACAGACGACGAAGGAAGUGGAUCUGAUACAGAACAUAAACAUUGAUCUUAUAAUAUUUGUUAUCAAUCAAUCAAAACAUAUCCUCUGUUUUCCAUUGCUAUAUUUGUACAAGUCUUUUAUGACAUCAAUUUGCAUAUCAAGAAUCAAUCUCUUUAAGAUUGACAUUACAAAAUUUUUUUGGCAUAUCACUCUCCAAGAAUCAACUAGAUGAACUAGUUGCAAAAGGACACUGCAGUACAGGGUACUCAGCGUCAUAGUUGUUGUCCUUGUCAUAUCACUUUCUAAAGUGCAUUUUGUGAAACAAUAAAAUCAUAGUGAUCAUAAUUAGCAAGUGCCAUAAAUUUGUUAAAUGGAAACAAUACUUGGUGUUCCAUUGCCAAUUUCAGUUGCUCAUUUUAAUAGUAACUUGUAUUCUGUAAAUUGGCAAAUGGACACAAUCAUUUCCUAUGUGGUCUAAUUGUCUUUUUCUACUGAAACAAAGGAGAUUGACUCCACUUUUGUUUCCCAGUGUUCUUUUUAUAUACUCCUUUCCAUAUCAAUAUUUCUUGACUUAAUAAAAAAAUUUUUUGCCCGAGUAGCACAAUUUGUAUCCUUGCUACUUUGUUGUAAUAGAAAAAUAUUAACAUGUCAAGGAGAAAUGUUGCUAUGGAAAUUGCCAUUAAAAAAUCAUACAUUGUAAAUGUUAACAUUAGUAUGACAUAUGGCAUAGUAUUGUCUUACUUGUUCAUACAUGCUGCACUCCAUUAAUGUGUGAUGCUUCCAAAGGAAUCUAUGUUCAGAAAGUAUGUUAAGCAAUAAUAAAGGCAACUUGAGAAUGUUUAAGAUGUGAAAUUAUUUAUUUUUAGAGUUAUUGAUUAUACUGCAUUUCCUUAAUUAAACUCCGGUCUUAAAAUAGCCCGGAUUUAAACAUGUCCAAAUACUGCAAAGUUUAAGAUAACUGUUUAGAGUGAACAGGUAGGAAAUAUAACUAAACUUCUACUACCUCUUCAUACUGUCCAGUCGGACAGCACUUUGUUCCAAGGUUUUCGGGGAUAUUUUUGGAAAUAAAAUCAUAUUGUCGAAUAUUGCGAUCGAGUUCAUAAGUCGAGCUUAUCAGCCGAAGGGUAAUUAGGAAAACUCGAAUUGAAGAUGCUAAUCAAGAUCCUGAUUCCGACGACACCGAAACGGACACGAAUGACCACUGAAUCGAAUUAACUAUGAAAACAGUGAUUAUUUCAAAAUGUUAUAGUUGUAAACAAUCAGUCAAUAAACGGUCCUUAUAGUUCCUAAAAUGUACACAAGUUAUUGCUUUCAAUUUUUACCCACGCGUAUUUCGUUGUAAAGUAAAUCCCGUCCUAAAAAU